UCCCGCUUACCAAGUAAAUUGACAAGUGAAGGAAAAAUAGCGGCAGACUCAGUUUUUCUAACAGGUGAAUUAAAAUGGGCAACCAGUGAGCAUCUUUUUCAAGCUCUUAAAUAUAGCCAGGCUGAUGGAAGCCAACUUAAUUUAGCACUACAAAUUCAAAAGUUAGGGGAUCCGGGUCAAGCACAAGGUUUUACUCGGGGAAGUAAUGGGACGGUGCCUCCUCAUCCAGAACUUCAAAAAAAAUUAAUAGAUACGGAAGAUGCGGAAUUAAUAGAAGAAACCGGAGGCAGAAGUGUAAUAUUAAUGGAAACAAGGACCGAGUUAGCAGCAAAUCAAGGCUCCAACCCUAAUCCAAACCCACCACCAAGAGAGCAGCCAACCGGCCCUUCCCAUCCUACUCCUUCCAAUAAUGGCUCCAAUUCACCGGACCCAAACCAUAACGAAGAUGAUAAUAAUCCUCCUGAACCUAAUCAACCGAAGGAAAAUGGGAGCCAUUCACCAACUAACAAUAAUGGUUCGGCUCCAAGUCCAGAAGAUAAUAAUAACUCAGAUGGAGAAAAUAACGGUAAUUCUCCCUCCCAAAACUCUGCUAAUUCCGAGCCUUCGGAACCUACCGCCGAUACUUCCCCCAUUAAUGUUGAGGAAAUAAAUAAUGCCGAAACCCCCGAACAAGCCCAACAAGUGGCUCAGCAACAAAUCCAGCAGUUAUUUAACAAAAGUAGGAUUAAACCAAGCGAAAUAGAUAAGAGUUUAUGA